AUGAAAGCCUCGCAGGUUCUCAGUUUCCAAGCAACAACACAGUCGUUACUAAGGAGACCAUGGAAAACAUACAGGGACGGAACCAUAUUCUACGGUCAGCUCAAAUCAGGCUCGAAAAGACAUCCGUUGACGACGAAACAGGGCAACAAGAACUACUACAAGGGCACAAGAUCCUCGGGUAUUGGUAGUUUGGACAGCCGGGGUAGAUACCAUGUCAACUGGGAUAAAGUCAGGACAUAUGUUGUGCCAGCGAAUUUGAACUCGAGCCAGUUGAAACCACUCGUGUCGCCCAACUCUCCCAUGUUCAAGCAGACUACCGAGGGGUAUCAGGAUUCUUUCAAGAGCCCCGUGUUGGCUUUGCAUAACGCGAUCAACUUUGUUGAGAAUGGCUCAAGUGAGAAGGAAUUGGACUGGGAAGAAAUGGGGUAUGUUCACAAGAUUGUGAAUCCCAACUUGGCCAAGGAGGCAUUGGUAAAGGAAGAACUGAGCUAA